AUGCCGAAUACUCCGAAUAUUCCAGGAUAUUUCUUCGAUGAACAAAGAAAUCGAUAUUUCAAAAUAACAAAUGGGGGAUUAACGAGCAAUGAAAACAUUGAUAAAUAUCAUAACAAUGAAAUUGAGCAAACGAAACGGCUGAGAGAGUACUAUGCCCGAAGAAGAAAUCUUAAUAGUAAACGAAAAAGAACUCAGAGUCGAAUAUUGAACGGAGAUAACUCUAAAUCCUGUUCAAAUUCAAAUUCAAAUCCAAAUUCAACCCCAACUACUAUUUUCAAUUCUAAUGCUCUUAAGUAUUAUAAUCAUCAAGUAUUAAAUGAGAAUGAGAAUAUAUUUGAUCCCUUAAGUUUUAAGACCAAUACCAAACAAUUUAUUAAUGAUAAAAUACAAUAUUUAAAUACAGGGAAUACAUAUAUGAAGAAAUAUGAUGUAGUGUUUCCUUUAGAUCAAAAUUCCCAACAAUCUCGAAUAUCUAAAUGUUUGAUUUGUUAUACUAUUAAUGGAUUGUUUAUAAGUAUUCAAAUCUUAAGAACUGAGUAUGGAACUUUAAGUCUUAAAUCAUAUAAUUAUGUUGAUAAGAUAAAAAUACCAUUCUCCAGUCCACAAGAAAGUAUAAUAAAUCAUGUGGUAGAUAAUACCAAAUUUAUUGAACCAACUACUGAGUUCUGGCAUGAGUUUGAAUUUCAAUACUUGAGAACUCUGUAUAUUACUCAUCCUACUACCCCAUUAAAUAUGAUUAAGUUUUCAACGCUUAAUUUUAAAUUAGUUGAAGUUGAUCAUUCUUCUGCUUUAAUCAGAUACAUUUAUAAUACAUUUGGAAGGAUUCAAUCCAUCAGACGAAUGUUUUCUUUUGAUGCAAUGUUACCCGAAUUAUUUAAAAGUUAUUUCGAGAUAGAUGCUAUUAACAAAAUCAUUCAAUCUAAUGAUCCUCGGAAAAAGGCUAAAGUAAGAGCAUUUGUUAAUAAUUUCGGAUCCUUAAAGGGUAUACUUGCCUAUAAAAAGAAUAUUCAAUCCAUUAAGACCGAUCGAAUACAAGCCAGCUUCUUUUCUGAAAAUCAAAUUGUGUUUCAGAAUUUAAAAUAUGAAUUACUCAUGAUCCAGUUUUCUAUUGACAGUAGAGGUUUUAUAACUUUUAGUCCUGAAUCUAAAUUUUAUCCUUUAAGAAUUAGUGCUACUCCACUGCCACGGACUCAUACAAUUAGAAUUUCUAAUAAAGCAUUUAAGAUGUUUAAUGAAAGAUUUUACCUUCCCUUGAUGGAUAAUUCUGUAUUGGUAUUAAGGAGUGAUCAACUCAAGCAUAUACAGAAUAUGAAUAUCUCCAUUAAACCAUUAGAAAAUGUUAAACAAUGGUUCAUUACUAGUGAAACUUCAAUUGUAUUAAUCAGACCUAAAUCAAUUGAUUUGAUUCGGUUUGAUAUGGAUACCGAUACCAAUACCUCCAACACUACCACAGAUCAUAUAGUAGAGGCCCAUCAUAUGGUAUUAAUGGAAAACUAUGCCAUUCCCAAUUCACAUCAAGAGUUUAUCCUCAUUAAUGAUCAUCUCAUAUUCAAUGAAACAGCCAUAGAUUUUAUAAUAAUAAAUCUAAAUUGGGUAAGUGAUGGAAGUCAUUUAACCAGAUUUAAGAAUGAAAAGGCACUUGUUGAUACUCAUCCUUUACUUCUAAAGCUUAUAGAUUUAUCGAAUUCAGAAGAUAAGAUCGUCUUAGGAAUGAAUUACAAAGAUGCUCUUAUAACUUGCAGCAUAUAG